AUGGCCACACCUACAGAUCCGACUGUGCCGCUCCCUACCACGACAGACAUUGACGAUGAUGACGACGAUGAUGUGACCUCUAUCGCACCUGGGCCACCACCACCACCAGCCCCAACACCGAACGUCCCUACUCCAUCAGCACCAUCAGCACCAUCAGCACCAUCAGCACUAUCGUCUCCAACGAGUGUCCCUACUCCAACUUCGACCGAUGCCUCCGUUUCGUCAACGCCAGCUCCCGCGUCUGGAAAUGGCGGUCUUAGUGUUGGGGCCAGCGCAGGCAUCGGUAUAGGAGCCGCUCUUGCGAUACUUCUACUUCUACUUGGAGGCUGGUUUUGUGUGCGAAGAAGACGGUCUGUACUGCGCCGCCUAUCCAAAGGUUCAGCCGCCACCGACACUGCGCACGACCUAGAGACAGCCGGAAAGGGGACAGGUCCGGAGAUCAGGGAACAUAGAGCGCUUGGCCCAGCAGAAAUGGAGGCAAGCACAAGUGAGAGGCACCCUUCUGAGCUGGCCAGUCCCGUUAUUUCCGUGGAGGCUGCUGGUGAUCGGAAUUUUGCUGCAGAAUUGCAAGGUUCCGAAGUUCCUCCACAAGGCGGAAGGAAAGGAAGUAGGGAACGGCUCUUUCUAGAUUCGCCGAUUGAUGAAGAACAAGGUCGGUUCGAGAAGCAUUUUAGGCCAGUCGAUGAGAAGAGACCACCAUUGUGA